AGAUUAUAUCAUACGGUGGUGACCGAGAAACACUAUAACAUAAGCGUUGGGCGAAAGAAUGAACAAUUUGUGAAUUUAGCGGGCAAUGAUAUCACUGUCAAUCUCGAAAUGCGAAUUCUUAACGAAUUUACUAUUAGUCCAGUUUAUGCUGUUGGACUUGCCACUACAAAUUGUACAUUCAAUACCGACAGUGAGCUCAAACGAGUGCCACCCCUGUCAGAGUUCACAUUUAUCGAGGAUAUUACAAAGAUCAAAAAACUCAAGAUAGCAGCAGUUACAUCAACAGUCUGCUAUAGAGGUAUUAGCUGGUACGAAGCCACAACUCACGAUGAGCAUUGUCGAUUCCGGUAGUCCUGGUAAGGCGAGCGACUUCGUGGGUAAUAACAUGAACACGUGGGACGUUGCUCGCGCAAUAACCAAAAAAGUAGCUGUCUCUUCGACUUCACUUUCGACAGCGACAUCAGGUUUACUUUCUUCGUAUGCAUCGUCGCCAUUGUCCUCGCCAUUGUCAUCAUCAGCAAUAUCAAAUGAACAAAUUAAACAGCAAGUAGCUAGCGUAGACAAGAAUAUUCGAGAAUCGGUAAUUAACUUAUCUACGGAAACGGUGCGCGUGGUGAUCUGUACGUCCAAUUGUGACUGCACUGGAUUUUGCAAAGACUCAGCGCAAGAAGAAGCUAUCGAAGCUGAAAAUAUCGAAACCGAAAAUAAUAAUAUCGAAAUAAUAAGUGGCAUGGAAGUAGGCAAGGGUGAUUUUUCGGGACAAGAUAAAAUGUCAUCCCAAGAGGGCUACGAUAUGAUUGAAGUCGAGGCCGAACAACUUCUUUUCGGCUAUGGCGCAAUGUCUGCAUUUGAAUCUACUUUUAAUGGCUCCUUUAACGACAGUCUUGAUUGGAACAGUAGUCUCUAUAAUAAUACAUACAUUUUAGAAGGUCUUUAUCCCUCUGGUUAUGGAUUGCCCCACAUAAUCGUAGCCUCGAUAGUAGUGACCCUAUUAAUGAUAGUCAUUGUCAUCGGUAAUAUGUUAGUGAUUAUUGCUAUAGCCACGGAAAAGGCUCUUAAGAACAUACAAAAUUGGUUUAUUGCUAGCUUGGCUGUAGCAGACUUUUUUCUAGGUCUAGUAAUAAUGCCGUUCUCCUUAGCUAACGAGAUCAUGGGUUACUGGAUUUUUGGUUACUGGUGGUGCGAUAUACAUUCGGCAAUGGAUGUGUUGUUAUGCACGGCGAGUAUUAUGAAUCUGUGUCUAAUCAGUUUAGAUAGAUUUUGGAGUAUUACACAAGCAGUUGAGUAUUUAAAGAAGAGAACACCUGCCAGAGCAGCACUUAUGAUUGCUAUGGUGUGGGUGCUGUCGGCAGUCAUUUGUAUACCCCCGCUAUUGGGAUGGAAGAGAUCGGCUCCCGAAGAGGAAUAUCCUAAAUGCAAGUUAUCAGAGGACAUUGGUUAUGUACUAUAUUCAGCACUUGGUAGCUUCUAUAUUCCCUCUUGCAUCAUGGUAUUCGUCUAUAUACGGAUCUACUUUGCGGCGAAGGCUCGGGCGCGUCGUGGUAUUCGUAAACCUCAACGACUGCGACCGAUGAUACCGCCUUCCGAAUCACCAAACAUUCAUCAGACGAGUUUUACCCAUCCAAUGAGCAUUGAAAAAGCUGAUUUGGGCAGUAGCAGUGAUCAGAAUAAGACACCUGGAUUGGCCAUGGAAAAUGUAGCCACCAUAGAAAAUCAACCUGUGCAAAUUCCCAUAGUUACCUGUGACUUUGCAAGUGAUAUAAGUACCUCUGAGGCCGACCCCGGAGGUGGUAAUAUACCAAUGGAAGAAAAAGAUACUCUUAAGGUAAAUAUACCAAUGCCGAUGCAAAAGUCCAAUUUGAAAGCCACUCUUUCUGUAAACGGCGAGGGUCAAUCCGGCCAGGGACUUCCAGUAAGAUGUCGUGCACCUAGUGUCGGUAUUGACGUGGACAUGGUUUCGGAAUUGGAUCCCUCUUCGUCAGACAGUGGUGUCGUAUCGCGUUGUGCUGUUGUAAAGCCCUUAAAAUUACGCUUUUGUAAGCCAAUUUUUGGACGAAAAGCAAUUGAGAAGUUGAAGCAACAACACCAUCACGAUUAUGACGAUCGACAUCAAAAAGAUAUUAUGAUCGAAACGAAACAUCAGAAGCCACGCGAUCCAGAGCGCGAAAAACGAAGACUUGCAAGAAAAAAAGAGAAGAGGGCAACACUGAUUUUAGGUUUAAUAAUGGGCAGUUUUAUAGCCUGUUGGUUGCCAUUCUUUUUUCUCUAUAUCGUAAAACCAUUGUUUCCAAAUCUGGCGAUUCCUGAGCAAGCUUUUGCAAUUGCAUUCUGGCUGGGCUAUAUGAACUCUGCCCUCAAUCCAGUUAUUUAUACCGUGUUUAACAAGGAUUUUAGGAGAGCCUUUCGCAGGAUUCUAUUUAAAUGAGGAAAUGAUGAUAUCUUAUCGAUGUUAUGAAUUUCUCUACAUUUCUAAUAGUA